ACAGCAAAAUGUAUUCCAAAGCUAUCGUGUCCUUUGCUUUCCUAGCCAUGGCGAUCGCUGAUAUGCGAAUCGGCCACAAUAUGCCACGUGUUCAGCUGCCUCAUAUUCGUAAUUUUGAGACUCGUGUGGUUGGAGGUUCCACAGCACCAACUGGACAAUACAAAUUUAUAGUUUCCCUUCAAUUUUUGUCCCAACACUUUUGCGGCGGAUCCAUUUUGAACGAAAGAUAUGUUGUAACUGCAGGGCAUUGUGUAGGUGCCGUUCCUAUUGCAGGUCUUAUUACCGUCAAGGCUGGAAAGUUCAAUCUUAACACAAAAGAGACUACCGAACAGGCAGUCCGAGUGUCGAAAGCGAUCGUACAUUCCAAAUAUAGAGGUGAUGUUGGCCCGAAUGACAUUGCUUUGCUUAAGCUUGCAUCCCCAUUGAAAUUGAACAAUGACGUACAGGCUAUCGCAUUACCACAAGCAAACAGUGAACCAACUGGAGUGGCAUGGCUUAGUGGAUGGGGCUCUACCUCGACUACUAAUUCUCCAAUAAUGCCAUCUACACUUCAACAUGUUCAGAUGCAAUUCCUCGAUUACGUAGCUUGCGACAAAGCCAUGACUAAACUUCUGGGAUCUCCUUCUCCUGUUGAUGAAACCAAUAUUUGCACUUCGCCAGCGCAGAUACCACUUUCCGCAUGCAACGUAAGUGCCAGACUAGUCGGAGGUGAAGAUGCACCAAUAGGAGGUUACCCAUUUAUAGUUUCCCUUCAAAUGAAUUCUCGGCACUUUUGCGCCGGAUCUAUCUUGAACAAAGAAUGGGUCAUAACAGCUGCACACUGUGCUCAGGCAGUUUCUUCUUUGAACCUUCUUUGCGUUAAGGCUGGAAAAUACAACAUUCGACUUAAUGAAGCUUCCGAACAGACGGUCCAAGUAAUAGAAGUUUAUGUACAUGAAAAUUAUCAAGGUGGUGUUGGGCCAUAUGACAUUGCUCUGCUUAAGCUUGCUGCUCCAUUGAAAUUAACGAAGGACGUACAAGCAAUUGAAUUAGCACCGCCAGAAAGUGAACCAACUGGAAAGGCAUGGCUUUGUGGAUGGGGAUCCACCUCAACUAGCAUUUUUCCCAGAAUGCCAGAUAAACUUCAACAAGUUCAGAUGGAGUACAUCGAUCGCACAACUUGCGACGAAGCCGUCAGUAGUCUGACAGGAUCUUCUCCUUCUCCUGUUCACAAAACCAAUAUCUGUACUGGGCCAUCGAAUAAAGCAACUUCCGCAUGCAGCGGCGAUUCUGGUGGCCCAUUAAUUUCAUGUAAUGGACAAAAACCGUUACUCACUGGAAUUGUAUCUUGGGGUAUUUUCCCAUGUGGCACUGCCGGUGCACCAUCCGUAUACACCAAGGUAUCCAGUUUCAAUAAUUGGAUCACACAGAAAACCGGUAAUUAUUAAUAGUAGCAAUAUUGACAAUGUAUCAAAUGUAUACUGAAUGACGAAUUAUUGUAUAUUAUUCG